AUGAGUACAACAUUAAGCAAGAGUUACUAUCACGCAACAUCUAGUGUUUCCUUAUCAGCUGUUACUACAAGAGACUUGCUAGAUUCUGUUGCAAAGAAGACACCAGAAAAAGAAGCAUAUAUCUUUCCAGUAGAAAAGGUACGUCUAACAUUUGAGGAACUACAAAGGCAAGUGUGCACCUUAGGAACUGGACUUCUCAGCAUUGGGUUGAAACGAGGGGACACUCUGGGCAUUAUAUCGUCAUGUGCACCAGAAUACAUAAUGGUUCAGUUGGCUGCUGCAUAUAUUGGAGUGGUUUUAGCCAGAUUUCAUGUUGGGUUGCCUAAUAGUUUGCUGAAAAGCGCUUUAUUGAAAAGUGAAUGUGUUGCUUUGGUAGUCGGUGCCAAUAAUGACGAUGUUUACAAUCAGUUAGAACUCAUCCUACCAGAUUUGAAAACGUCACAUGCUGAAACACUACAAACGGAUGAAAAGUCCAAACUUCAACGAAUAAUCACUAAUGUAGAAGCAUCUCAAGGCAGAUGGAAGUCCAUUUAUGAUAUAAUGAAUUUAUGUAAAAAGGAUUCCGAAAAUGGUAAACAACGAUUAGAAGAAACCAGCAAAAUGGUUGAAUUUGGUGACCCGUACACAAUUUUCUACACCUCUGGCAGUACUGGUCCUCUGAAAGGCACGCUUCAUUCUCACAUGGCAAUUCAAAACAUUUACAUGAUGUGUGCAGAUAGAUAUGAAUGGACUAAUGAUGACAUACUGUUAUCUGCUUGCUCAUCACUAUCUCAUGCUACUUCUGAAAUGUCUCACAUUGCCCCAUUGAUAUUGGGAAUGACAUCAGUCAUCCUCUCCCCUGGUGCAAAAAUACACGAUAACGUGUCUGUUAUACAGAAUGAACAUUGCACUGUACUAUUUUCUACAUAUCCUGGUCUUUAUAACCUUCUACAUCAUGGCAAGAUAAAUGAGUAUGAUUGCUCAUCUCUUCGAUAUGUCAUGACAAGUGCCAGCACAAUCCCAACAGACGUCAUUCAGAAAGUGAGCUCUAUAUUUCAAGCCAAAGUACUACAUACGUAUGGCUCGUCUGAAGCCUUAUUUGUCAGCGGAAGAGAUAUCACGGCAGAUGAAAAAGAAAUCAUUGAUAAAGUUGGGCGCCCGUUUGGUCAUACUGAAGUUAAGAUAGUGAAUGAAUAUGGUAAAAUAGUGCCAAUCAACACACAGGGGGAGUUACUUAUCCGCAGCAAUUUCCUAUUCCGUUAUUAUAUUCACGAUGAAGACAAAACUAAGCAAGUGAUGAGUGUAGAUGGGUGGUAUACUUCAGGUGACUUAGCUAAGAUAGAUAGAAAUGGUUAUAUAAAGAUAGCUGGAAGAAGUCAAGACGUUAUCAUGAAGGGAGGAAAAACAAUGUACUAUGCCAGCCUGGUGGAAUCUCUGUUAAGCCAUCCCAAUGUUAAAGCGGCUUACAUAGUCCCAGUACCAGAUGAAGAAUUACAAGAAGACUUCUGUGCGUGUGUUUCAUUGAUUGGUGAUACUUCAAUAUCCAGUGAUGACCUGAAAGAUUUCUACAAAGCUAACAUAGGUAUACCAGCUUAUAUUCCCAAGUAUGUGAUGGUUUUUGACGAUUUUCCAGAAAUGUUAACUGGUAAAAUGGAUCAAAAAAUGUUGACCCUUGAAGUGUUUACUCGACUUGGUUUAAAUAAAGAAUGGCUUGUGCAUGGUAGAAAAGCAUGA